CUUUCAUAGAAAAUAAUAACCCUAAUAGUAUUCAUCUUUGGUUCUUCACACAAAGGGUCCCUUUUCUCUAGCUGUUAUUUUCACGGGGAAAGUCAAUUUAAAACCGAAAACAGAUCAACAAUGCCGUUGCUUGUUUAUCUUUCGCAAGUUAUAGCAUUGUCGAUCUUGUUCAUCCCCGAGGUGUGUCUCGCCGGUAAAAACAUUCCGGCAAGUUUUGUGUUCGGAGAUUCAUUAGUGGAUGCCGGAAACAACAACUAUUUAACCACAUUAUCAAAGGCUAACUAUGAUCCUAAUGGGAUUGAUUUUGGAUCGGCUACAGGAAGAUUCACCAACGGAAGAACCAUCGUCGAUAUCGUAAUUCAGGCAUUAGGUUCCGAUGAACUAACUCCACCGAACUUAGCACCCACGACAAGAGGAUCCCUCGUUCUCAAAGGCGUAAAUUAUGCUUCCGGCGGAAGUGGAAUUCUUAACUCCACCGGAAAAUUAUUUGGCGACCGAAUAAAUGUGGAUGCACAACUAGACAACUUUGCAACCACGAGACAAGACAUCAUUUCUUGGAUCGGUGAAUCCGCGGCAGCUAAAUUAUUCCGGUCAGCAAUUUUCUCGGUUACAACCGGUUCUAACGAUCUAAUCAACAAUUAUUUCACUCCGGUCGUAUCAAAUCUUGAACGGAAAGUCGUGCCUCCAGAAGACUUUGUUGAUACAAUGAUCUCAAGAUUCAGAUUACAGCUCACCAGAUUGUACCAGUUGGGCGCAAGGAAAAUCGUGGUGAUUAAUGUAGGUCCGGUUGGUUGUAUACCUUUUUCGAGAGAGUCUGAUCCAACGGCAGGAAAUGAAUGCUCGGUGGAACCUAAUGAAGUGGCACAAAUGUAUAAUCUCCAGCUUAAGACUGUCGUGGAUGAUUUAAACUCUAAUCUACAAGGUUCAAGAUUUGUCUACGCAGAUGUUUUUCGCAUUGUUUAUGAUAUCAUCCAAAACUAUGGAUCUUACGGUUUUGAGAGUGAGAAGGUUCCGUGUUGUUCGUUAGCUGGGAAGGUAGGUGGGCUGAUUCCAUGUGGACCAUCUUCCAAAGUAUGUGUGGAUCGUUCCAAAUACGUAUUUUGGGAUCCUUACCAUCCUACAGAAGCUGCUAACAUCAUCAUCGCCCGGCGUCUCCUCUCCGGCGAUACCUCUGAUAUUUUCCCGAUUAAUAUCCGGCAACUCGCUAACCUUAAGCUAAACACAUAAAUCUUGAAGAUAAAAGCCCAUGUAGAUGGGGUUGGCCCGGGUAGCUAUUGGGGUUUGCAUUUUGAUCUAGUUAAUUUUUUGUUUGUUUUAAUAUUUUGUCUAAUCUCUCAAAGAAAUUAGAAGCGCGAUUAAUGUUGUUGGCUUUCCAUUGUUUCACUAAAUCUUCUCAGCA